ACCAGUUGGAGUUGGACAGUAACCCCAUCUUGAGAGAAAUUUCUUCCCCACCACAAAUGCCCAAUCCUGAUUCUCCUCUCCCCCCAACAACUCCGGAUAUUCCAAAGUUCUCCACUUUAUUCCAAAUUUAAGAAUCCCACUUCCCAUUUUCUUAUUACUUUUUUUUUGUGUGGGGUAAAAAUCAUUUUCUUAUACAGUACUUUCCUUCUUUUUCUUGCCCACCUUUUCCGUUUCUAUAAAUAAACCCAAGUCUUGAACCAGCAAAAUCUCCACCUUUCAUUCUCUCUCUCCCCCUAUAGAUCUCCGGUUAAGCUCUGCUGCCUCUCUCGCUCUCUCUCUGAUCCUCUGUUGAUCUGUUUUGCUCUGUUUUUCUUGUUCUUGAUUUUGAUUUCUUUGUCAGGAAUUUUCUCCUUCUGGGCUCUGAUCUUGGAUCAAAACACCGAAUACCCAUCUCGUUACCCUGCUGUGAUUUCUUGUUAUAUUGAGAUCAGCAUCUGUUUUCUCGUACAAGAUUAGUUUUUCUCUCAAAAUCUUGAUCCAGAUCCAGGUUUUGGAUCUUAAAUGAUUGAGACCGAUGAAUCCAGUACUCAGUGAAAUCCUCCGUUCUGGUUUUAUUAUAGAUUCCUCACUCAGGCGCAGGACCCACCUCGUUCAAUCCUUCUCUGUUGUCUUCCUCUACUGGUUCUACGUUUUUUCAUGAAAUUUCUUUCAUCAGAUCUUGACUUCUAGACAUAUCUAUAACCAUAUUUGAGUCAACUGCAUAAAACUACUAUCUGGGUCUUGAUUUCUUUUCUUUUUUUUGAGAUUAUCGCCAUGUAAAAAUUCUCUGUUUUGGAAAAAUCUGGAUUUUUACAACUUUUUGAGUCAACCAAAUAUAAUUAGAAUCUGGGUCCUGCGUAUUUGGGGUUUAUAAGGUGUAAAACUUUUGGCUUUUUGGUUUUCUUGAGAUUACUAAGCUAUUUGGUGUAAGUACUCUAUGGGUUCUUUAAGUGGAAAUUCCUCAGGGUGUUCUCCCCAGAUCCAGAAAUCUGGAUCCGAGGAGGGUUUGGUGGACCAAAGGAAGAGGAAGAGGAUGGAAUCGAACCGCGAAUCGGCUCGGCGAUCGCGGAUGCGAAAGCAGAAGCACUUGGAUGACCUGAUGGCCCUUGUCGCGCAGCUGAAGGACGAAAACAGCCGGAUCAUGAACACCAUGAGCAUCACCACUCAACAGUGUUUGAAUGUGGAGGCAGAGAACUCUGUCUUGAGUGCUCAGAUGGGCGAACUCAGCCAGAGAUUGGAGUCCCUCAAUAACAUCCUCAAUUGCCUCAACACCACAACUGCCGCUGCCAGUGGUUGUGUGUUUGAAUGUGAAGAUUUUGAGAGCAUCCCUGAGAGUUACAUGGACAAUUCCUGGAACCCGAUGUAUCUCAAUCAGCCAAUCUUGGCCUCACCCGAUAUGUUUGAUUACUGAACGCGUCAUCUUUGAUCCCGAACCACUCACAAUCGGUCGAUUACUCGGAGUCGAAAAACAACGCGGUGGUCCUAUAAUUUAGUUUGAAAGGGAUAGAGCCCGGUUAGUCUAUUGUGAUUUUAUAGGGUUGUUGUGUUAGCUCUGCUGUAAGAUAUAUGGGGUAUUGCUAGGAGAAAUUGUAGUAGUACUUUGCAUUUUGUAAAAUCGGUGUUUGGGAUUGGUUUUUUUGGUCUCUGUGAUAUAAGGAAUGUUUGCUUUAUGUGAUAUAAAGUGGCCUCUCUGUUGAUGUACCAUA